AUGGCACUUCCCUCGGAAACUCUGCUCAGGGCAGAUGGCCGGUGCAAGAGGCUCCUGCUCACAGUUGCCCUGCUUGCCUCCGUGGCAGGUGCUGAACUGUUUCUCUUCCUCGAACACCUGACCAGGCUGCCUGGAAGUUCAAUCAGAUGGCGGAUCAAUGGAGCCCCCACCGGUGAUGUCAAUUAUGCAUGGUACCGGGCAAACGCGUCCAUCGAAGCAAAUAUGCUUGUUUCAUACAUCUCCUCCCCUCCUAGCUGGAUUCCUGGCCCUACGAAUACCGGCCAGGAGAAUGUGACUCAAAGAGGCUACCUGAGCAUCACAGAAUGAGAGUUCAGUGAUGCUGGGAACUACACGGUAGUGGUGACCAGCAUUGAGGGGUCCCAGGAGGCCACUGGAGAGAUCCAGGUCUGGGAGGAGCUGUUCCAACCCAACAUCACGGUAAGCAAGACCGGUGUAGUCGAGUAUGUGGACAUUGUGAACUUCACAUGCCAUCCCAACAACACCAGCGACUUCCAGAUUCAGUGGUACUACAACUAUUUCCCAGUGUCCAAGGGCCAUCAGUGGACUGUGUCCUCAGACAACAGGAUCCUCAGCGGCUGGGUCUCUCGCUACCAGAAAGGGCCUUAUGGGCCAGAUUCCAUAGACAUAAGCUCCAUCCCUCUUCUCCACCGGGGCACCAUCAAUGCCAAGCUGGGCUCCAGUGUGAAUGUGUACUGCCAGGCAACAUCCCAGCCUGCGUGCUUGUAUCGAUGGCUUCUCAAUGGCAGUGCCCUGGCUACAACCAGCAGCACCUUCAACAUCAGCACCAUGUCCUGGGGAGAUGUGGGCACCUACAGGUGCAUUGCAGAGAACCCCAAGACCCGGGUGGUUCUGUAUUCCACUGUCACCCUCAAAGUUUAUGUUCUGAUGUCCUAUGACUCGGCAGUCAUACCUGAGAUUGUCUCAGCCCCUCCUAUAUGCCCAACUCCACAAGCAUUUAUUAAACACCCAUUUGCAUGCUAUGUCAAUGAUGCCCAGUCAGCCCUCUCCCCCACCAAGCUCCCACGGCUACAGCAGGCACGCAGAGAAAUCAUGAGGAAGAAAGCGCUAGGAAGCAGGGGCGUCAGGAGAUCCCCCUCCCAUGUUAGGCAGAGCCUCAGCUGGCUAGAGCAGGCUCCCUGGAAUCCAUGGGGAGCCAGCAGUCCAUCCGGGGACCCAGGGUACUCCCACACAGAAGGCUCCCUCCCACUCCAAAGGCGUGGUCAUCUAGCACCCACACUGGAAGAGUCCCAAGGGAGGAGAGAGCCCUCCAUUCCCAUCGUAAAGCCUUCCUACACCAUCGGGCAAGGAACCGUCAUCUUCCUCAGUAUUGGCGUCAGCCUGAUGCUGUUAAGCCUCAUAGGAACCUUCGUCUUCUACCUGUUUUCCAGAAGUACCAUGUCAUGCUGGGCUGGUGGGAGGCAGCAGGGUCAGAAAGGAGGACAGGCUUGGACGGGGGGAAGGUGA